AUGGCAACAUCUUCAUCUUUCUCUGAAUCUAGUGAUGCUGCUCAUGGUGGAUACAGUUAUGUUUUCGUUGAUGGGGAUCCUCCUAAUAAAUUUGUUUGCUACAUCUGCACUUUGCCAGCAAGAGAUCCUCAACAAGUUACUUGCUGUUUCAAUAUCUACUGUCACAGCUGCCUUUUACAGCUAAAAGAAAAAGGAGAAGGAAACUUUAACUGUCCAACGUGUCGUCAACCAUUGACAGGCAAUUAUUUUAAGGACGGAAGAGCUGAUCGAGAGAUAAAAUCUUUAAUAGUUUAUUGUCCUGGUGAGUGUGAAUGGGUAGGAGUGAUAAGUGAUAUUGAAGCUCAUCUCAAUACGUGUCCUUAUCAGUUGCUUGAUUGCACCAAUAGAUGUGGGGAAAAGGUACAGAGACAGCUACUCGAGUUGCAUUUAACGGAUAGUUGUGUCAAACGCCUUGUGGUUUGUCAGUAUUGUAAAGAGGAGGGCAGUUACGGGUAUAUAGAAGGAGUUCAUCUUGAAAGUUGCCUUAAAUAUCCUGUGAAGUGUUGCAAUGAUGAAUGUGAUCAAAUGAUACCACGACGUGCAUUAGAAGGUCACAUUACAAUCUGCUGUAAAACUAUUGUCUCAUGUGAGUAUAGUAAUGUGGGGUGCAAGAAGGAAAUGAAACGUGAAGAGCAAGAUAUACACAACAAGGAAUCGGUAAAUGAACACCUCCGGUUGGCAGUGGAGAAAGUCAAAUCUCUUCAAGAGGAUAUAAGUAUAUUAAAAUCAGACAUCAAAGCUAUCAAGACUCCAAGUACUAAUUCAAUUAAGAAAUUGGUGAAUGCUGAGGUUGAAUGCAUUAAAAGUGACAUCAAAGCACUACAGACAAAACGAAAGACAUACAUAAAAGUCUUUAAAGUGACUCAAUUUGAACACAAGAGAAAUAACAGUGAAACGUGGAAAAGUUCUUCAUUUUAUACGUCACCAGGCGGUUACAAGGUCAAACUAGUAGUCUACACUAAUGGACACAGCAAAAAGAGUCUUGGCUAUGUUUCUUGCUUUACUCAGUUCGUUACAGGAGAUAAUGAUGACACACUAGAGUGGCCCUUUGUAGGGUAUGUAACUAUAGAAUUGCUCAACCAACUUGAUGAUGAAAAUCAUGUAGUACAUACCUAUUACUAUGACGAAACAAUACCAGAAUUUGCCAGACAAAGAGAUAGUGAAAGUGGUUGUGGAAUUGAUUUAUUUGUGUCCCAUAUAGAGUUAGAUACACACCAAAGCAGUACCUGCACAUAUCUUAAAGAUGACACACUAUAUUUUAGAAUUAGCAUCAAUGCCACUUCUACAACUAAGCCUUGGCUAUCAGGAUCUUUUUAUGUUUAG